UAUCUCCACUCCAAAUACCAUCCUCAAUUUCUCAAUUCUCAUCAUCAACAACUCUUCGUCUAACAACUGAUCUCAACCUCAACCUCAACCUCCUCCGGCUCCACCGUUAGCCAUGGCUGCAGCUACCUCCCUCUAUGUCUCGGAAAUGAUGGGAAGUCCGGUCAAGUUCAGCGGUGUAGCAAGGCCAGCUGCUCCAACUCCAUCCUCCUCUGCUACCUUCAAAACUGUUGCCCUCUUCAAAAAGAAGGCUGCUGCUGCCCCUGCUAAGAAGGCUGCUGCUGUCGCCCCUGCUGACGAGGAGCUCGCCAAGUGGUACGGACCUGACAGAAGAAUUUUCCUACCCGACGGUCUCUUGGACAGAUCAGAAAUCCCCGAGUACUUGAACGGAGAAGUUCCCGGAGACUACGGUUAUGAUCCUUUUGGUCUCAGCAAGAAGCCAGAAGACUUUGCUAAAUAUCAGGCAUAUGAGUUGAUCCACGCCAGAUGGGCUAUGCUCGGUGCUGCUGGAUUUGUUAUCCCUGAAGCCUUUAACAAAUUUGGUGCUGACUGUGGUCCUGAAGCUGUUUGGUUCAAGACUGGAGCUUUACUUCUAGAUGGAAACACAUUGAAUUACUUUGGAAAGAACAUUCCCAUCAAUCUUGUUGUUGCUGUCGUCGCGGAGGUUGUUCUUCUUGGUGGUGCUGAGUACUACAGAAUUACUAAUGGCUUGGAUUUGGAGGACAAACUACACCCAGGUGGUCCAUUUGAUCCACUAGGCUUGGCAAAGGACCCAGACCAGGCAGCAAUAUUGAAAGUAAAAGAAAUCAAGAAUGGAAGACUAGCCAUGUUUGCAAUGCUUGGUUUCUUCAUCCAAGCCUAUGUGACAGGAAAAGGUCCAGUUGAGAAUUUGGCUGCUCAUUUGAGUGAUCCCUUUGGCAACAACUUGCUCACUGUCAUUGCUGGAACUGCUGAAAGAGCCCCUACUCUGUAAUUUUACAAUUCGGCAAUAUGCUAUACAUUUUGAUGCACUUGAUCAGAGCUGUACUAUGUGAAAAAUUAAACCAGCUUGUAGUUCAAGACAAACUGUACUUAAUUUCAUAGAGCUCCAGUACUGGCCAAAUUCGUUCUUCAGUGUUCUAAUCA